UCGGGCGUGGUUACGCAAGCCGGGCGCACCUCGUACGCUGAGCACGCACGGCACGGCACGGCACGGCGGAGCCGGCAUCGGCAUCGGAGCGGCGGUUCGGCGGGAGAUUUAUAAAGUCAGAUUAAAUUCCAGAAGUAAUCUCCACCUCCAAUGCCACUGUUUACUCCUCCGUAAAAAGAUGGAAUCCUCAAGGAAGCUCUUGGUUCUGGUGUUCCUUGUGUUCUUGGCUUGCAUUUCAUCGUCAGAAAUAGAUAUUUAUCACCCUCAAUAUGGAAUUGGAAAUCAGGACAUAUUGCCUUCAAGAUUAAGCUCUGGAAACGUAUCCAACGUGUUUUAUGGAAUCAUAUUUGAUGCUGGAAGCACGGGGACACGCAUUCACAUCUACACUUUUGGUCAGAAGAGUCCUGAACCCCCUCAAUUGUUCAGUGAAAUCUUUGAAUCAGUAAAACCUGGUCUGUCAGCUUAUGUAGAUGACCCUGAACAGGGUGCAGAGACUGUGCGUGGACUGCUGGAUGUGGCAAAGCAGACAAUACCUUCAACACACUGGUAUACCACCCCAGUGGUACUGAAAGCCACAGCAGGACUACGACUGCUUCCCAAGCAGAAAGCACAAGCUUUGCUAUUGGAGAUCCAGGAACUUUUUGAGGAUUCCCCUUUUCUAGUACCAGAUGACUGUGUUAGUAUCAUGAAUGGUACAUACGAAGGAAUUUUAGCUUGGAUCACAAUAAACUUCUUGACUGGUCACUUGUACAGUGCGGAUGAGAACAGUGUUGGAAUCCUGGACUUGGGAGGUGCUUCCACACAGAUCACAUUCCUUCCUCAGGCUGAGAGUACACUUCGUGCUGCCCCUGAAGAAUAUAUCAAUUCAUUUGAGAUGUUUAACAGUUCCUACAAACUGUACAGCCACAGUUAUUUGGGUUUUGGAUUGAAAGUAGCAAGACUGGCCGUACUGGGAGCACUGGAAGCAAAAGAUGAGAGCAGAAGGUACAGAAGUUCAUGUUUACCACCGUUCCUGAAGGCUGAAUGGAAAUUCAGUGGCGUCAACUAUAAGUUUGGUGGAAUGAAGGAAGUUCCCUCCAGCUUCCAGUCCUGCUACACUGAAGUCAUCAAGGUGAUACAGGAGAAACUCGAUCAACAAGAUGAAAUCAAAACAAGGAGUUUCUAUGCCUUCUCUUACUACUAUGAUCGAGCAGUGGAUGCAGGAAUAAUUGACCAUGAAAAGGGUGGUGUUAUACUUGUGAAGGAUUUCAAAAUAAAAGCAGAAGAAGUAUGUGACGACCUAAAUAAGGUGACAACAGGCAGUCCCUUCCUCUGCAUGGAUCUAACAUAUAUCACUGCCCUGCUCAAGGACGGGUUUGGAUUUUAUGAUGACACAAAACUCUAUCUGAUCAAGAAAGUCACUGAUAUCGAAACCAGCUGGGCACUGGGAGCAGCGUUCCAUUUCAUCCAGUCACUGAAGACUGCACCCUGAAUUGGAAAAAAAUCAUGAAGCUACUGAUGCACAUAAUUGUGUUGCUACUUGAAAGUGAUUUAUUCUUGCCAGGCAAGCAAGAAAGUAACUUUGAUUCCUCUCACUGAAAACAACUGAAAAAAAGAUGCUUCUCGAUGGUCCUCUUAUGUCAUUUCUCCCAUUGUUACGUGAGGAAGAAGUGGGGCAAAGGUUAUUUUUCAUCAUUGUUACAAAAUGACUGGAAGAAUAAAACCAUGGAAACAACAGGUGAUACUAAUAUUUCUUGGACCCAAAAUCCCUGAAUAGAUUGAUAAUUAUUGCAGAACUCUGCCCAAUUAUUGCAAUUCAGGAACAAGAAAUGUUCAAGUCUUCAGUAAACAGUUAAUACUUAGUAGUGUUCUACUUGAAAGAUUGAAAAUGAAGUUCUGUUCCUUAAAGUUCAAAAAUGUCAACUUAUGCUAGACUUGAUCAAAUCUAAAUUUUUCUUAAAUGGAAGCUCAAUCUUUAAAAUGUUUAUAUCAUUUUAAAUAGUUGAGGCAAUGGGCUGUGAAACCUUCCUAUUGAACACUUUUGGCUCUCCUAGCAGAUGGAAGUAGUGAAGAGGGAGAAGUUUAACUUUACCUGUGAAGAAGAGGCAGAUGCUGCUCUGACAGUCCUGCAUGCCUAAUAACAAGAUUAGUUUACACACUCAGAUUUUAAUCUCUGCAUUUGCUCUGCCUGUUGGGGGGAGAAGGGUUCAGAGAAAGGCCAAAGAGUGGAAUUGAGGAUAGAAUCACUCUUCCUCUGAUAUGAUCACUUGGACUUUAGUUGUAACUUUAAGUGACCCACCUUUCAGCCUCGAUGUAUCAAUUUAAAUGCAAUUUUUAAAAAAAUUUUGUGGAGGGUUCAAAUAAAGUACUUCUAUUGGUACAGUGGAUGCAAAAUCCAGCCUAAGUUGACUUAUACAAUAAACAUACCACUUUUGAGGUCUCAAGGUGCUGAUUUAUCAAAUUAGUAGUGACACUGGAAAGACUAAUCAUCUUUUAAAUUACCUGGCUUAAAACUUCAAUUGAAGUGUUUCUCCUUGUCCUGUGAAUGAGAUAUUUCAUGCAUCUGAUCUAUAUUUGAAAAUUACUAAACUGGACAUAUUACAAUAACCACUUUUUAUACGUACUGACGAGACUUGGGCUCAAACAAUUUUACAGUUGAUCUGGUCCACACUACUGGGAAUGUAACUUGUUAUACUGAUAUCUCUUCUCACUCAGCAACUUCACUCUGAAAUUUAAAACUAACCUGUUUGCAGCACAGCUUUCAACCAAGUAAAGCUCAGGGUUCUGAAAAGCAGGAGAGUGUUUUUAGCAAGUGGUUGUUGUGUGCAAAUUUCUUGCAACUGUAUUUGAUCUCUAUAUUCCAGAAUUCAUUCUAGCUCCUGUGAAACAAAAUGAUACUUAUUUUUGAAAUGUGUAUUGCACUUACCUUUGGCUGUAAUUAAUAUUUUGUACAAAGAAUCACUUGUAAUUAUUGACAAUUUUUAAAGACAUCAAGUAACUCGUGUAAAUUCAGUUGUAUGUUAAAUAUUUUGUAUCAACAUUCAAUUUUUUUAAAUUAAACAAUAUUGGAUGGUGUAAA